UAUGCCAGUUCCUAGUUAUAUUCAAGAUAUUAAUGUAGCAAAAUCAGCACCUCCUCCAGUUGAAAAACUCAAAUUGGAAUGGGUCUACGGCUACAGAGGAAAAGAUAGCCGAAACAAUUUAUUCAUAUUACCAACUGGCGAGCUAAUCUACUUUAUAGCUGCUGUCGUUGUCCUAUACAAUGUUGAUGAACAAAUUCAAAGACAUUAUACUGGGCACAAUGACGAUAUUAAAAGUCUAUCUAUUCAUCCGGAUAAAAUAACUGUUGCAACCGGUCAGGUUGCAGGACACGAUCGAAGAGAAGAAAAACCUCACAUUAGAAUAUGGAACUCUCUCAGUCUACAAACUCUUCACGUCAUUGGCCUAGGACAUUUUGAUAGGGCAAUUUCCUGUAUUGCCUUUUCAAAAGCUGACGGUGGUCAACAUCUAUGCGCGAUUGACGAAGCAAAUGAACAUAUAAUGUCGAUUUGGCAAUGGCAAAGAGAAUCAAAGCUUGUUGAAGUGAAAAGUUCAACCGAUACAGUUUUGGCUUGUGAGUUCCAUCCUAGUGAGAGGAAUACUAUUGUUUCUUGCGGAAAAGGACAUAUAAACUUUUGGAUAUGGGAUAGAACCGGUAUAACUAAAAAAUCGGGCAUUUACGAAAAAUACGACAAACCCCGCUUUGUUAAUUGUAUAGCAUUUGCCUCUAAUGGCGACGUAAUGUCGGGUGACUCGAAUGGAAAUAUUGUGAUCUGGGGACGAGGCACGAACAAGAUUGUGCACGUAUUACCUAAUGUCCACGAAGGUACGGUUUUUACGAUAUGCACAUCCAACGAUGGUGUCUUCUUGUCGGGUGGAAAAGAUAGAUGCGUUAUUAAAUGGGAUGUUAAUUAUAGAAAAUUAGCAUCGGCUAAAAUAGAUGAAGUAUUCGGCUCAAUAAGAACUUUUGGUCGUGGACCAGGAUCGCAAAUUGUGAUUGGUACAACAAAGAAUAAUAUAUUAACCGGCUCAUUCGAAACUAAAUGGACACCAAUAGUUUAUGGCCAUGUAGAAGAAUUGUGGGGUUUGGCUACACAUCCUACUUUACACCAAUUUAUUACCGCUGGAUUCGACAAAAACAUUUUCCUAUGGGACGCCCUUGAGCACAGUGUUGUUUGGUUUAAAUCUUUACCUGAAAGCGCCCACUCGGCUGCCUUUCACCCCAACGGAAAAAUAGUUAUUGUAGGUUUAUGUAAUGGCCGCUGGUUAGCCCUGGAGCUCUCUUCCCAGCAAAUAGUCUCUUCGCAUUCAGAUGGUAAUGAACAGGUUGAAUGCCUAGCCUUCUCUCCUGACGGAAAUUCUCUGGCUAUUGGGAGUAGAGAUAAUAUGAUCUACGUCUACAGUGUAACUGAAGAUGGUCAAAAAUAUUCUAGAAUCGGGCGUUGUAUUGGGCAUUCAAGCUACAUAACGCACGUUGAUUGGUCAGCUGACGGGCAAGUUUUACAAUCGAAUUCGGGAGAUUACGAAAUACUAUUUUGGAAUAAAGGUAAUUGCAAGCAAAUAGCAACAACGUCUCAACUAAGAGAUAUUGAUUGGGCAACAAGUAAUUGUACAUUAGGAUUUAAUGUUUGCGGUAUUUGGCCUGACGGAGCAGACGGAACUGAUGUAAAUGCUUGUUGUAGAGCGCCCAGAGCCCAUAACCUCUUGGCUAGCGGAGAUGAUUUUGGAAAUGUUAAUUUAUUCAAGUAUCCUUGCUAUCAACCAAGGGCAAACUGUCACACUUUCGUUGGGCAUAGUUCUCACGUGACAAAUGUUCAAUUCGUUAACGAUGAUUCAAAACUUUUAUCGACUGGCGGAAAGGAUACUUCAAUCUUACAAUGGAAUGUUUCCAUAUAA